AUGGCUUCCGGAAAUUUACCUCCUCAAAGGAGAGAAUUCGUCGUAAGAGGAGAUGGAAAUUGUUUUUAGUUUUUAGCGAGAAAUUGCUCUUGGAAUUUUGAAAUAAGUGAUGAGAAACAUGAAGAAAUCCGCAGGUUAAGUUCUAGUUUGAUAGAGGGAAAUCCGAAGGUGUUUGAGCCGCUACUUUUCUCUUCGAACUCCGUGGAGGAUCAUGUUAAAAACAGCAAGAUCACGGGAACUUGGGCUGAAACUGUGGACAUCUUCAGCUGUGCAUCGCUUCUCGAGCGACCUAUUUGCACCUUCUCAUCGUCGCAGAAAAAAUGGUACAACUUUGAACCGACUGAUUCGUUUUCAUCGCUCACAAAAAAGAAGUGCAAGUGUCCAAUCACUUUGAUGUAUCAUGAUGAGUAUGCUCAGGCAAAUCAUUUUAAUCUCCUUCUGCCUAGAGGUAGCUCCCUUAGUCCUCCUCUGCCUGAGAAUACAGCAUCCUCUGUUUCAACAGAUUUAGGAAACAGUGGUAAUUCAUAUGCCAAAGCUGUGAAACAAAUGCCACAAACUCAUCCUUCAAACCACAUUUGA